UAGUAUUGGUCAUUUUCUGCUCUUUAAUCUGCUUUAAAUGGAAAAUACAAGUGAAAUGUGUGUUAGCGCAUUCUUUGACUCAGUUGAAAAUGAAAUGUAUGAAAUAUGUGAAAACUAUGAAAAACUCAACGAAGUUAGUACUUUAUUUAACUCGUCGAAUGAUUCAGAACUCAACGAAAUCAUGGAAAAUUGCCUUCUAGAUUCUACAGAUGACAAAAAACUGUAUGAAUUAUGUGAAAACUUUGAAAAUACUAUGAUUCCAAUGCAGCAAGCGAUUCAAACUAGUGGAACUCUUAAACGACCCAAUGAUUCUGGAUCAAACAACGCUUCAAAAAUAGUGAAAUAUUCUGAACAAGCCUCAUCAUCCAUUGAAAAUACUACUUUUUCACAUGAACAAAUAGAAGGUAUCAAAAUAAGAUGUGAUCUAUGCCAAAUUUAUAUUAACCAAAAGUUUUUUGUUAGCCAUCUUAAAAUACAUAAAAAUAAUCAUUUUAAAUCUCAUGCAUCUCUAUCAAAUGUUUCAUUAAUAGACUCUGCUUGUGGACAAAGAAAAAUAUCUUAUAAAAUAAAUAACAAAACUAAUCAUCCUUCAGACUUACCAUUUAAAACGUCUGAAGAAUUUAUUAAUUCUAUAAAAAAUGAUAUUUUAGUACUAAUACAUGAGUCCAUCAAAGAAUAUAUUGCACUGAAAGUAAAUUUUAUUCUGCAUGCAGAUUUUAUACAACCAACUAAACAAACAACAAAUUCAUUCGAAAUUAAAUCUUCGAACUACACAAUUUUUCAUGGAGAUGAUCUAAAUCUUUUUAUUUUAUCAUUAAGUGAAACUUUUACAACCAAAAUAAGUUCUUUUGAGCGAAAGGACAACAGUUGGAGCAUAACAAAUAUAAAACUUCUACAUAUGAAUGUAAAUAAAUGUAAUCUGCUUCGUGAUACAUCGUUUAUUGAUUUACCUCAAGAUAUAAAAAGAAAAAAAGCUAUAAUCAAUGUUAAAAAUGCUGACCACAUGUGUUUCAAAUGGGCAUUACUUUCUGCUUUAUAUCCCCCUGCAAAUAAUAAAACAGACAGAAUCUCGUCAUACAGAAUGCAUUGUGAUAAACUCAAGUUCGAUGGUAUCUCUUUUCCGAUUAAAUUAACUGAUAUAUCUGAAGUAGAAAAACAAAACAACAUAAGUAUUAAUGUGUUUGGAUUAGAAUUUAACAAAGAAAAGAAAUCGCAUAGUGUUAUAGGUCCUUUAUAUUUCACAAAAUCAUAUAAAAGUCCUCAUGUUAAUUUAUUGAUGAUUUCUAAUAAAUCGAAUUCACAUUAUUGCUAUAUUAAAAAUAUGUCACGUUUGAUUAGUAAACAAAUUUCAAAACGGGAUCAUGCUAUUUAUCUUUGUGAUAGAUGUCUUAUACAUUUUCAUACACAAGAGAGAUUGGACAAUCAUCGCAAAAGUUAUUGCUCGUAUGCUGAUCCAACAAACAAAAAUUGGUUUGGGCAACCUUCUUCAAAAAAUACAACAAAGUUCAAUUAAAAAUUGAAAUUAUAUAUCAUUCGUGUUCAACUUAAAUAAUAAGCAAUCCAGACCCUAACAAUAAACCAGUGCCCAUUGGGCAGGGUUCAUUAAAUGGUUGAUAUUAGAUUUAUAUGGGAGACUACUCGGUUACUAUUUCGAUUCGUGAGACAACAAUCUCAAUAUCACAAGCAAAUUCUAAAAAGAAAUACAAGAAGGUAGUAUCUCAAUACUAGAAGGAUUCCAAAUGAUUAAGUCAGUUAGUAGUGUUAUAGUUAAUAAUAGUCUUAUGGUAUAAUAUGUUUACGGGUUAUGAAGUGAUCAAUUUUUUAAAGAUUUCAG